AUUUCCGCUUAAAUCUCAGGGAUUUUAUCCCCGCUCUCCGUCCUCUGUGUAAUCUACGUUUUGCCUACCAGUGCUAUUGGAUCUACAAAGGUCGCCUUUAGACUUAUUUCACCCUUUCGGCAUCUGCUUUUUCCUGUUUGGUAGACAUGGACGAUUUCAGUGCGAUGAACGCGACUGAACCAGCUUCCGCGAAUGGAGUUGGGACGGAGGAAGACCCUGCUGCCGCUUUCUUGGCCCAACAAGAGAGCGAGAUUGCAGGGAUAGAGAAUGAUGAAGGUUUCAGCAUCCUGGACAGCGGCGAGGUCCAGUCUGCGCUCGGCAACAACAUAACAGAUGCAGUUGAUGGAGCAGUGAAUGGGGAACUUCAAGAGGAAAGUAAUGGGCCCUCUGACGCGUACGCGGCCAUCUCUCACGCCGACCGCCUGCAGGCGGAGCCUGAGAGCCUGCGCAAGUGGAGGGAGGAGCAGCAGGAGCGCCUGGAGGUCCUGGAUGCCAGCUCACUCACUCAGGAGGAGCAGUGGAAGGAAAAGGCGAAGGAGGAGCUGCAGGAGUGGUACACCAGACAGGAAGAGCAGCUGGAAAAGACCAAAGUCAACAACAGGGUGCUGGAUGAAGACUUCUACAAACAGCCCUUCUCUGAGCUGAUUGGUUAUGUCACACACAUUAACCAUCCUUGCUACCGCCUAGACCAGGCGGCGGAGGAGGCCAUGGUGUCCGAGAUGGACGAGGGCAACCCGGGGACGGAGUGGGAGCGCGUGGCGCACCUCUGCGACUUCAACCCCAAAACCGGCAAGCAGGCCAAGGACGUGUCCCGCAUGCGGUCCGUCCUCAUCUCCCUCAAACAGUCGCCCCUCGUGCACUGAUCCCGCCCCCCAGCACCGAGAGGAGCCAAUCGCGGCGCAGCUGCCCACAGGCCGCCGCCUCCCCUGCCCACGUGUGACUGCGCUCCUCACCCAUCGAUUUCACUCUCCAUCAGAACAAAAGCAAACAAAAAAAAUACACAAAAAAUUUCAUAAAACUGAUUUAUUUUCUUAUUCUUUUGAAGGACCAAACUCCAAAUGUCCUGUUCCAACGUUAGGUAGUGUGUGGUGUUGUGACAUUUUUAAAAACUAUGCAUUUCCCAUCCAUGCCCCCCCCCUCCAGGAAUGAAGUAGUCAGUGUGUAGUACUUGUACGUGCAUGUACAUAUAUGGCGUGUAUGUCAAUGUAUAUAGGCUUUAUAUACAAAAGCAGUGAAGAUCAGAGAUAGAAAUAUAAUGGUUUGAUUCAAGAUCAGGGGUAGAUAAACGAAUGGUCCGUGUACAUUUCCCAGAAUCCUGUCGUCAGUGUCAUUAAAAGUGUGUGAAUCCUUUA